AUGGCCUUCACAACGAAAGCGACCAUCGCCUCCUUUGGCGGCCAACUCCUCAAACUAUCCCACAAAUCCGCCGUGACCGGCACCGACAUGGCCCUGAACCUCUACCUCCCGCCGCAGUCCUCCACCAAGGCCGUCCCCCUCCUGAUGUACCUCUCAGGCCUGACCUGCACCCCCGACAACGCGACCGAGAAGGCCUUCCUGCAAUCCAGCGCCUCGGCCCGCGGCCUGGCCCUCCUCUUCCCGGACACUUCCCCGCGGGGGCUCGACAUCCCCGGCGCCAACGACGCCUACGACUUCGGCGAGGCCGCCUCCUUCUACAUCGACGCCACCCGCGCGCCCUACGCCCAGAACUACCAGAUGGAGUCCUACCUGACCACCGAGCUCCCGGACCUCGUCUUCCGCGAGUUCGCCGGCAAGCUCGACCCGUCCCGCCUCUCCAUCACCGGCCACUCCAUGGGCGGCCACGGCGCCCUGUCCCUCUACCUCAAGUACCCCGGCAAGUACCGCAGCGUCAGCGCCUUCGCCCCCAUCGCCAACCCUUCGCGCUGCCCCUGGGGCGAGAAGGCCUUCUCGGGCUACCUUGGCGACGAUAGGGAGGAGUGGAAGAAGCACGACGCUACCGAGCUGGUUAAGGGGUGGAAGGGGCCUCUGAAUGCCCUUAUUGAUGUCGGGACGGGCGACAACUUUUACAAGCAGGGCCAGCUCCUUCCCGAGAACUUUGAAAAGGCAGUCAAGGAUGCCGGUAUUGAGGGAUUGGAACUGCGGUACCAGGAGGGUUAUGAUCACUCGUACUUCUUCAUGGCCACUUUCCAACACGACCACGUCAACCACGCUGCAAAGUUUCUGGGCCUAUAA